GCAUCACCACCGCGACCUGUUUUUCCUACCUGCGCUCAUAGGAGUCUUCUGCGCUCACCUCUCACUUCACUCAGUAAGGCUAACGGUGCAGUGUAGAGAAGGUGUGUGUGCGUGUCUCUCCUCCGCCAUCAGUUACGUCUAGCAGUGUGGGUGUGUGGACCAUCACCGUUCGAAGGCCAAGGAACAAACGUGAUAUUAGUGUAAGCAACAACAACUACAACAAAGUGCUUAUCAGAGAGAGAGAGAGAGAGAGAGAGAGAGAGAGAGAGAGAGAGAGAGAAAUAUCAGGAAGUGAUGCGAGAUAGAAAACAGAACGAGAAGGAACGCUGACACGCAGGAAGACGGACGAGUGAGUGUAGGGGAAGAGAAAGACUUCAGCUAUUCACCUCACCACUGACUCAAGAUGGAAAAUAAAGCCUUUCAAGGAGAUGACGGAGCCGAAUUGAAGGAAAGGAAGGGACAUGAGGGCGUCGGCGGCGGUGCGGGCGUGCGGGGGCGCGGGGCGGGCCUCCCGGGGGCAGAGGGCCAAGCUGAAGACAAGUCACCAGGUCUGGAGGGGGGCAAACCAACUCCGAAUGACGUUGUUAACCUCGAGAGGCGGGUGGGACUCCUCAGUGGGGUUGCUCUGAUCGUUGGGACCAUGAUUGGUUCAGGAAUCUUCGUGAGUCCCAAGGGUUUGCUGGAACGCACCGGCAGCGUGGCGCUCAGCCUCAUCGUGUGGGGAGCCUGCGGCAUCCUCUCGCUACUGGGAGCUCUCGCGUACGCCGAGCUUGGGACCUUGGUGAAUGAGUCCGGCGGCGAGUAUGCGUAUUACCUCCAAGGCUUCAGUCCCCCCUCGGUGCGAAAGACGUGGUGGGCUCCCGUGCCUGCCUUCCUUUUCGCGUGGGUGUCCGUGUUCCUGCUGAAGCCGUCCAGUCUGGCCAUCAUCUCCCUCACCUGCGCCGAGUACCUCAUGAGGAUAUUCCACGUGUGGAUCCCCAUCUGCUUCACCCCAAUAGUCUCCAUCAAACUCGUCGCCGUCUGGGUCAUACUGCUGAUCACGUUCAUCAACUCGUACUCGGUGAACCUGGCGACCCGUGUACAGAACAUCUUCACGGCGGCUAAACUGCUGGCCAUUCUGAUCAUCGUUGUGGGCGGCAUGGUCAAGCUGGCGCAGGGCAACACGGCUCACCUCGCUAAAGGCUUCGAGGGAUCCACCAAAAGUUUCGGGGACGUGGCCACAGCCUUCUACAGCGGUCUGUGGGCCUACGACGGAUGGAACAACCUCAAUUACGUGACAGAAGAGUUGAAGAAACCCUACACGAACCUUCCCCGAGCCAUCAUCAUCGGCCUGCCACUGGUGACCGUAUGCUACCUGCUAGUGAACGUGUCCUAUCUGGCCGUGAUGAGCAUCGACGAGCUGCUCGCCUCAGAGACAGUCGCUGUGUUGUUUGGCAAGAGAAUUCUGGGCUACUACGGCACGAUCCUUAUGGUUGCUGCUGUUGCCUUGUCGACCUUUGGAUCAGCAAAUGGAAGCUGCUUCACUUCCGGGAGGUUGUGCUUCGUGGCGGCAAGAGAAGGACACAUGGUGGAUGUUCUCUCUUACGUCCACAACAGGAAGCUGACACCAUCCCCAGCCCUCCUCUUUAAUGCGGCCAUUGCUCUCAUUAUGGUGAUUCCCUCUGACAUCGGCUCCCUCAUCGACUUCUUCAGCUUUACCGCCUGGAUCUUCUAUGGAGGAGCCAUGACUGCUCUCAUCGUCAUGCGUUUCACCAUGCCUGACGCACCUCGCCCAUACAAGGUGCCAAUCGUCAUCCCAGUGCUGGUGUUGCUCAUCUCCAUAUACUUGGUGGUGGGGCCUAUCAUCGACUCCCCACAGAUCGAGUACCUCUACGCCACACUGUUCAUCGUGGCUGGUCUCUUCUUCUACUUCCCCUUCGUCUAUCUCAAGAAGUCUCUACCGGGAAUGGGCCACUUGACGACGUUCUUCCAGCUGCUGUUGGAGGUGGUGCCCACAGACGUGAUGCCGGACGCCUAGUCGGUGCGCGUGUGGGCGGCGAGGCGCUUCCUUUGCAUUCCAUGAAGUUUAUCAUUACCAGCAGCGGCAGCCAAGCACGCCUCCCUGGCGAGGUGGCCGCGUGUUACAGUGAUGACAGUGCUAUAAUGACUAUACGCUCCUUAGGGUGGCGAUGGGAUGUACUGCGUAGCGUUUACCAAAUGUUUAUUUUAUAUAUCUUGUUCAUCACGAGCAAGUUAGGGCGAGAGAGUGGCGGAAUCUGACGGAGGGAGGCUGGGGACGCAGAGUUUGGUGAUGGGGUACUCCUAGUGAGGAGCCUCGUGUGAAGCUGUAGGAAGGAAGGAAAUUCCCUCUGUGUAGUGUUUCAGCCGCUGCUUUAGUAAGUAUCAUUAUUUUAUGUAAUCUCAAAGGUGAUUCUCCAAAUGCGAUUUUAUAUGUUCGAUUUGUACCGUUUUAUUAUCAAAUAUUUGUAAUAUAUAGUUUAUUUAUGUGUUGUAAUUGUCGCUGAAUUUCAGUGUUUUUUUAGCCCAAAAAAAAAACGAACUUAUGAGGACUGUAUGAGUAGCCUACCAGUAAUAGUAGAAUGAAAAAGACAAAAUAUAAAAAAGACAGUGAGAUUAGCAGGAUUCCUAAAGGAUACAUAAUUAAUUGUCAGAUGAUUGAGAAAUAACUAUUUUUUUCUAACUUUGUGUUAUACUUGUAGUAGAGAAGUAAGUGUGGAAUGUUGAGCAUGCCACAUUGUAAUGAUAUCACUUAGUGGGCACUUUGUUGCUGUGUGAGGCUCGUGGCACAAAAGACAACUACUGAUCCUCACUAUACCAUCUGCUCCACCACCACCAACCCCCCCACUACCACCACCAACACUACCAUCACCACCACCACCAACCCCCACUACCACCACCAACACUACCAUCACCACCACCGCAGUGACACAAGACAGCAAGUAAAAGAAAAAAAAUAAAGGAAAAGAAAAUAAGAGAUGAGAGGAGGAGGAGGAAAGCAAAGAAUAGAAGAUCGUUACAGAGAAGACAUGGAAAAAGAUAAAAAAAAAAAAAAAAAGGAUUUAAGAGGAAGUUGGAUAAGAGGAGAAACAAGAGCAGGCCAUAUCAUUUAGUGACCCGCUGGCAUGCUCUGAAACACUUCUGCGCUGUAACUCAGACUAUUUUCAAAGGUUCUAGUUGAAUCAACAUGUUAAUAUGUCACUUUUCUAGUGACAUAUUAACAUGACAUCAACAUUAAAGGCUGGAGAAGUACUCUUAAGAACCCGGAUAAUCAUCUCUGUAGCGUUUGAAAAAUAGUCAUGGCGGAAGAGCGAAGUGUUUGAGGAUGCGGGCGUUUCCAAUAUACAGCACCACUCCACAGCACCUCUUACCGACACGGAGCCUUCACUGUACUAAUCAAGACCAUAGACAACUGUAGGAGACUGAGGAGUAUGAUGAUAAUUACAAGGACAUCAUAACAUGAUUUAAACUGAAAUCAGUAACUAAUGUAUAAAACAAAAAGAUAUGAUACGCUACUGCGAAGAGAAAUAUAUAGGGAUGAAGAAAAGAUAACGAUGUGUUGGCUAUGUCAGUGUGUUUCGUUCAUUUCGGUGUCAUUUCGGUCACAUUGAACUGCUGAUUGAGUUAUAUUGUUGUGAACACUGUACUACUUGUAAGCAAUUAAAGUGGCAGUCACAUACAUGCAUACAACAUACAAGGCGUCGCGAUUAUACACACGUUAUAUUUUUAGGAAGGAUGAUUUUUUGUCUUAGGCGAAGGGUCGAAGUGUUAGGUGAUGCUCGUGGACCCGGAGAGAGAGAGAGAGAGAGAGAGAGAGAGAGAGAGAGAGUUUUAAUUUCCCUUUCGAUCGUCUUAUCUCUGGAGCUUCUCUCUCUCUCUCUCUCUCUCUCUCUCUCUCUCUCUCUCUCUCUCUCUCUCCAGGGUCCACAGACCUAUGCUCCUCAGGCGUUCAUCGCGAAGGAGCUGCAGCAGGAGGAGGAGGAGGAGGAGGAGGAGAAGCUGAGGUGGUUAGGCGACCCAUCUGAGGAGACAAGACGUGAUGGGUGAGCUGAGCAGAUUGUACAAAUUUUUAACUUUUUUAUUUUUCGUGUGUGUGUGUGUGUGUGUGUGUGUGUGUGUGUGUGUGUGUGUGUGUGUGUUUUAGCUAUCCGAUAUACAUUAACAGAUACAAGUACAUGCAUACAUAAUACAGUACACGAAAUAAACAGCAAACAGACUUAUGCAGCCUGGGCGUGACUCAAGCCGUGUUAUUGAUUAGGCUACACCACCACCACCACUUCUACCGCCACAACCUUUUCCAGCCCUCUGCGUCCUGUUUCUGUUCUUGCUUGCCACUUUUACUUUUAGUUCACGGCUUGGGUGUUGAAGAUUAUUGUUGCUCCAUCACUAGUACAGGAAGCCUAGGAACACUGGAGAGAGAAAGUGGGGUUUAAUCAUCGGUUAGAUCAAUCAUAUUACUAUUACUGCUUUUCAUAUAGCGAGAACUGGUAAUGUCUAAUGUCUACUGUACAGUGUGACCACCUAUCUUUCUCCUCUCCAGAGCGAAGGCCUUGUGUAUGUGUGGAGGCAGCCGUUGUGUUCAGGUCAUUGAAUAUAAAUCUUUUAUUUUAUUCGUUUUAAUAGAUUAAUGUUUAUUGUUUUAUUAAGUUCAAGGGGAAAAUAUGUAUAAAACUGCCCGGUAUUUGUGGGCAAGAGAAAGAAAACUUGUCGCAAUGAGGCACAUUUUUUUUUUUUUCUUUUUAAUGAUUAUUUGUUAACUUUUGUGUGGUAAAGAAAAUGUCACUGUUUCUCAUAUGAAGAUGUAUAGUUUAGCCAUAAUAUUUGGGUUUUGAGAGAGAGAGAGAGAGAGAGAGAGAGAGAGAGAGAGAGAGAGAGAGAGAGAGAGAGAGAGAGUUACUGGUGUACGUGAAGGUUUUUUUUUUUUUUUUUUUUUCUUUAUCAUCACCGUUAAUGCAAUCAUCAUCACUUUAUUUCCUUAGAAGUGGAAGGUUAGUGUGGAAGAUUUAUUGCUACAAUACACUAGCUGGGGCUGCACUGCGUUAUCUGUGAUAGGCUUGAGUGGCGCUCCUGCCUGGAAGAGAAAACCUGUGAUGGCUGAGUUGUGUUUUUCGUGACAGUCGCUCCGGGGAGACUGAUCAGAGUUGGUAUGACUAGAAUACUAAUACCAUACCAACAGUUCUUAUAGUUUUGAGGAGACCGAGGCCUCUGUGUACUGGAUGGUGUUAAAUAUAUGCAUUAUGAGGCACAAUUCCAUCUCAAGACUGUUAGAACUCGGGAAUGUCAAACAUGGACUGGACGAAGCCUAAUCAUUAUCUCUAUUUCUGUUGAAGGUCGCCAAUUUUUCUUUACGUCUACCCUAUGUUGUGAACCUCCAUAUCCACCAUUAUCUGUCUCAUAUUAUUUAUGUGAGAUACACUAUUGUAGCAAUCCAAAUGCUAAAUUGUCAAAUAUUGUUGGUUUGAUACUUGGAACCCACAACAUUCUAUCAAUUCUUGUCCAAAAUGUAAAGUGCAUCAUGAUUUACAAGUUAUGUAUCAUUUAACGAAUACUUGAAAUUGGAAUUAAGAAUUGUUGAAUUUAUUUUAUGAAAUUUGUCAAUAGGUACAUUAUGAUAAUCACGCUCGCAAGCUGUGUGGCAAAAUUAUCAAUCAUCUACGUAACUGGGUAUCGAAUUGUACUAUGCUAGACUAAUGGGAUACUUUCAGGCGGCCUUCAUCGUUAUGUUAGAAAAGACAACUCUAAAACUCACAACGUCCCUUUAUUAAGUUAGAUAAUGAGAGUUUAGUAAGCAGUACUAAGGCUUCCACGGCGUGUGGCUUCUGUUCACGAGCGUCUGUUGGUCUGCAUUCCCGGGGCGGCUCCGAGGUUUCUACUUGUAAGAAGAGAAAUGUGUAUGUAAAAAAGAAAUAUUUAUAUUGAAAAUUUAUAGAUGUUAUAAUACUGUAAAUCACUGUACGGGACUGAAUAAAAAAAUAUCAAUCA